AAAGAGUUGAUUUCCCCAGACUUUGGGCCCUAACUGAGCAAGAGGGUAGGUACUCUUUCUGCUUCUACGUCUGAGGCAGCAGAAGUGUUUUGACAAGAUCUCAGAUUUUACUGAAGACGUUCCAGAAGCAUCCUCCAAGGAUCAACAUUGUUACAAUGAUUCAGCUGACAGCCACUCCUAUAAGUGCACUUGCUGAUGAGCCAAUACACAUCCAAGCCACAGGCCUGAAUCCCUUGCAGAUGGUGGUUUUUGAGGCAUCCCUGAAAGAUGAAAAGGAAAACCUAUUUCAUUCCCAAGCCUUCUACAGAGCCAAUGAAGUUGGUGAGGUAGAUCUGGAAUGUGAUCCUGCCCUUGGAGGUGAUUAUGUUGGAGUCCAUCCUAUGGGGCUUUUCUGGUCCAUGAAACCCAAGAAGAUAAUGACUAGAUUGUCAAAACGAGAUGUGAUAAAUAGCCCCUUUCAGGUCCAGUUGAAGCUGUAUAACUCAGAUGACCUUCACAUCAGGCUACCGUUAGCUGCUCCAAAGGCCAGUCUGACUGUGGAGAGGUGGUAUGUGGCACCAGGUGUGACACGAACCCAAGUCCAAGAAGGUCGCAUUCGGGGAGCCCUUUUUCUCCCUCCAGGAGAUGGGCCUUUCCCCGGAGUGCUCGACUUGUUUGGCACUGGUGGCGGCCUGAUGGAAUUCCGGGCCAGUCUCCUGGCCAGCCAUGGCUUUGCCUCCUUGGCUCUGGCUUACUUUGGCUAUGCAGACCUGCCUCCCCAAUUAGAAAAAAUCGAUUUGGACUAUUUUGAGGAAGCUGCUAACUUUCUUCUGAGUCAUCCUAAGGUCCUUGGUCCAGGCAUCGGGAUUGUCUCCUUGUGCAAAGGAGCAGAGAUCGGGCUCUCCAUGGCAGUUCACCUAAAGCAAAUCACUGCUGCUGUGCUUAUUAAUGGGCCCAACUUUAUUUUCUCGCACCCUCACGAAUAUCAUGGUCAGGUCUUUCAGGCCUUGCCCAUUCCAUUACAUUUAGUAUCCAUAAAUGCCUUAGGAUUACUAGAGUUUUGUAACUCUUUUGGGGACCCUCAAGCGGAGGGCAAUAGACGUUUUCUCUUUCCCAUUGAAAAGUCCCAGGCACAAUUCCUCUUUAUUGUGGGAGAAGAAGAUAAGACUCUAAACAGCAAAGCGAGUGCGGAAGGUGCCAUCGAACAGCUGAGGUGCAAUGGGAAGAACAAUUGGACCUUGCUGUCUUACCCUGGGGCCGGCCACCUGAUAGAACCGUGCUACGCACCACUGUGCUCUGGCUCCUGGUGCUCCAACCUUCCCAUUCUCUGGGGAGGAGAGGUGAUCCGUCAUGCCUCUGCACAGGAACACUCUUGGAAGGAGAUCCAGAAGUUUCUCAGGAAGCAUCUCAUUCCAGGGCAGCCCAGCCUACUCUGAGGAGAGUAGAUACACCUGUCGGGAGAGACUUUAGGAGGGCUUAACAUUUUGGGGAAAAGUAGAAUUAGAAGACAGUGGAGUAUUUCCACGAAUUUUCUGAAGCCCCCUAUAGACAAGGAAAUCUGUAAACAAGCUCCUUCCCUUUAUUUUUGUGAAGGAAUCUCUUUGCUUUAUGAUUCUAAGAUGAAAGCUAUAGCAAGAAGCCAGAGCAACUGAAAUGGUAUUGCUAGAGGGGUGAUAGAGUUAGUUUGCUGGUACUCAAACACUGGAAAUGUAACCUAAAUUGGGACUUGGUCUGUUGAGAUUUAGUUUGUUAAAAGGGACUGACGAUGUAAGAGCCCCCUCCUUUAUAGUAAAAAAAUUCCUUUUAAACCUGUUAA